GUCGAUAGUCUGUUGGUAAACAUUCAUCAAUAUUAUUAUGGCAACCCGUUGGUGUAGAAAUAAUAUGUCCCCAAGAUUGUCGUGGACGCGUCCAGCAAUGGCGUCGGAUAAAAGAGCUUUCGCCGCAACCGUAGCCAUGCUUGUGCUAUUGAAAAUGAUGUGCUUGGUCACCUCGUUGCCGGCUUCCAUGAGUAUGCCGCUUGUCGACCCGGGACUGUUCGUCAUAUCUGGCGUGAAAACUUGCGGUAACAACAGCGGUUAUUGUCUUUUGGGACCGGACUGCACGACUGACGACGAUUUCUUACCGGAUUCGACCGGACACUGCGAAGGACUUAAGCGCGCGUUCACACCAAGCGCCUCUUUUUCUUGCUGCAAGUUCAACAACAGGACCACCGUAGCCGUGCCGGCAAUCGACGGGGAAACGGCGGUGGCUUUUGACGGCACCACCACCAACAGGAAUAUAAGAAACGUUUGGCAAGUAGACGUGGACCCGGCCAAGGUGGACGUAGAUCAGUUGGCAAAACUGCAUCACAUCGAGACGGUGGUGAAAACCAUCGUGGAACAGCUCAUAAACGAAACGGCCAAUCAGCUGAAACACAAAGGCGCCAACAAGGAAAGCACGGCCAUCGCGGAUAGUGACAACGGCAGAACCGAAAAUUUGGCGAUGGAAGCCGCCGCCGACGAGACGAACGAAGACGCUGUGGUCGUUGAUUCGUCCGGGGAAGAGGAAACGCCGACAACCGAAAAACCGGAACCGGAAAUGACCGUGACCGACCUGGAAUUAAAAGCCGAACCCGUCGACACGGCACAAGACGAGGAUUCCAUGGACGAAGACGAGUACAAGGCGGGUAAGGACAUUUGCAAGAAAACGUGCAAGAGUGAAAUCACGUUUGCCACGGGCAAGAGACCGAUUUGCUACGGAACGCUCAUAGACGACAUAUGGAUACUUACCUCGGCCACUUGUGCUUCCAGGAUACACAAGGCGGAUAUGAGAAAAGUUUUAGUCAGCCGCAAAAGCUCAACUGGCGUGCAAGGUCUUGGUAUAUCGAAUAUAUUGGUGCACGAAGACUUCAAAUCGCCGGCCAUUAAAAAUGCUCCUGACCACAACGACUUGGCUCUGGUAAGUCUGACGGUACCGAUAUUGGACGGAGGUUGUUCGCCGUGCUUGCAGAGGAGUAACGUCACCACUCAAAUGUGUAAAAAUUUCCAAGGCACAAUCGUCAAGAACACGGUGAAAAACGCCGAAAACUGCGAAGAUCGAUUGCAAAUGAAAAAAUUCAUCAACAGCCAUUACUACGUGUUGCCGUGCAACCGGUGGAGAAUGCAAUAUAACAAGGAAGGUCAUCUCGGAAGUGGACUUUGGUGUAACGGCAUACUAGCCGGUGUACAAACGGGCGUUGGCGUAGGGUCGUUGAUUUACACACCAGUGAACGAACACAACGCUUGGAUAUCCGAUAACAGAAGGAACGAAGAAAGAAAGUAAACUACAUAAUAUUGUGCUAAUCACGCGUUAAUCGCGUGCACCAAAAGACUGUGCUGUUAUUAGAACGUCGAAUGUAUAUUUAUAUAUUUUGUGUAUCGGUAUAAGAUGUAAAGUUUGUAUUUUUUAAUACCUCGAGUAUUUUUUUAAUUUUUUUUUUUUUUAUAAUAUCC